CCGAUGGUUUUCUCCACCUUUGACCUCAACAAUACUCAUAUUCUUAUCUUCACCCAAAAAGAAAAAAAACCCUAUUAGCAAUGGCAACCACAGUGGUGAAAUCACAUGUAAUGAAUGGUGGAGAUGGCGAGUUUAGCUACUCCAAACACUCCUCAUUUCAGAAAGAAUCCAUUACUGGUGCAAAGGAAAUGAUUAGUGAGGAAAUUGCUCAUAAGCUUGAUCUGAAAGAACUGCUUUCAACUUCUACAUGUUCAUUCAACAUAGCAGAUUUGGGUUGUUCAGUUGGACCAAAUACUUUUAUGUCGAUGCAGAAUGUAAUUGAAGCAGUAACAACCAAAUACCAAACCCAGUUUGGUUCCAAUUCUGAAAUUCCCCAAUUUCAAGUAUUAUUUAACGACCAAGAAUUGAAUGAUUUCAACACUCUGUUUAGAACUCUCCCACCAAAACGACAAUACUUCGCUGCUGGCGUGCCUGGUUCUUUUUAUAACCAAUUAUUCCCUAAUUCUUCUCUUCAUUUCAUAAAUGCUUCGCAUGCAGUGCAUUGGCUAUCUGAGGUGCCAAAAGAUGUAUUAGAUCAAAGCUCUGCUGCUUGGAACAAAGGCAGGAUUUUCUAUUCAAGUGCACCAAAAGAAGUUUACAACGCUUACACUGCACAAUUCGAGAAGGACAUGGCCAUAUUCUUGAAUGCUAGAGCCAAAGAGCUUGUUUCUGGAGGAUUACUGGUCCUUGUCAUAUUAUCUGUCCGCAUUGGUGAUUCUCCUCCACUUGGUCAUCUAAUGUUUGAGCUUUUGGAGUCUGUUCUGGUUGACAUGGCAAAAGAGGGAAUAAUAAGGGAAGAUCUGGUGGACUCAUACAAUGUGCCUAUAUACUAUGCUUCCCCUGAAGAAAUGGCAGAACUUGUAGAAAGAAAUGGGUGUUUCAAAAUCGAGAGGAUUGAGCAAUUUAGUCCAGGAUCUGCUAAGAAAGCCUUAAUGGAUGAGCAGUCUAUGGUAAUGCACUAUAGAGCUGGCAUGGAAGGAAUGCUGAGCAAACAGUUUGGAAGUGAAUGUAUGGAUGAAGUAUUUGUUCGGUUAUCGAAGAAAGUUAAACAAUUUUCCUCUGUUUUGCAGUCAAGAGAACCAACCCAAAUGUUUCUUGCUCUCAAACGCAAGUGAUAAUUCCAAAUUUAUCAGAAUUAAAUAAGUUGAUUUACAAUAUUGUAUUGAGUCUUGAUGUAAGUGUGAUAGUGAUCUUUGUUUAAUGAAAAUCAACAAUAAUCAUCUAUUUGUACCACAAUUUUCUUUUAUCAAAUAUAUAUGAUGAUACAAAUA